AUGGAUGUCCAAAUGAUGGUUUUGUCUCUUUCAAGUGCACAUAAAUCGUCCGUGGAUAUUUUAAUCAACUUGUCUGUGUCUUCUCUUAAUAAAAGUGGUGCUAAGAAUUCUUUGAGAUUCGAAUCAAAUGCUUUUGAUAAUGUGAAUCACCAUUUAGGGAAGUUUGCCACACCUGUUGGGAAAAGGUAUCUGUCUACUGAAUGGAAGAAUUUUAUCAAGCAUGUUGGACAAGAAUUUGAUGGUGGUGUCAUUGAUUUCAGAGAAAAACUAGCCAAGUAUGCAAUUGAGCAUGGUUUUCAGUAUAAAUGCCAGAAAAAUGAACCUUCACGUGUUACUGCUGUUUGCUGUAAUAAAGAGAGCGAAGGAUGUUUGUGGAAUGUUCAUGCAACUCUUGAUCGUUCAAAUGAUUUCUUUUACAUUCGACGAUUGAAUAAUGAGCACACUUGCAGUAGUCGCAUUCGUGAUGGUAGAAGCCCGUCAAUGGGAUCAAAAAUUGUAUCAUUAGUUUUGGCUAAUCAGAUUCGGACGAAUCCUCUCAUACGACCGGUCGAAGUUGUUAAGGAUUUCAAGAGGAAUUAUGGUUUGGACAUCUCAUACUACAAUGCAUGGAAAGGUAAAGAGAUGGCCAAAAAUGAUGUCCACGGUGACGAUGAGCAGUCAUAUAAGCGUUUAGGGUGGUACAUUAAUGAGUUGGCUAAGAAGAAUCCCGGAUAUUAUGUUAAACUAGAGUGUGAUGCAGACAACCGGUUUGUACGUAUGUUUGUUGCAUUUCAAGGUUGCAUUGACGGGUACAAACAUUGCAGACCCAUUCUUGCUCUUGAUGGUACACAUAUCAAAAACAAAUACAAAGGAUGUCUACUCAGUGCAACAGGAAAAAAUGGAGCUAACGGUAUAUAUCCAUUUGCAUAUGCAAUCGUCGGAUCUGAGGACAAAAACAAUUGGACGUGGUUCAUGGAAAAUUUGUAUGAUAUAUUAAAGGACCAAGGGCGCACAAUUACUUUCAUUUCUGAUCGAUGCAAAGGCUUGCUCGAGGCUGUUCCCAAAGUAUUUCCAGACUCGCCUCAUGGUUAUUGUUUGCACCACCUGCAAAAGAAUAUUCGAACAAUGUUCUCCAAUUCAGUGUGUAGAUCUUGGUUUCGUGAGCGAAUGGUAUCGCUUUUCAAUAAUUGUGCGUAUGCUCCCACAAAGGAACAAUUUGUGGAGGAACUGGGGAAGUUUAAAAAGGUAGGUGGGGAAAGAGCAAAUCAAUUUUUGAAAACUCUUCCUGAUGAAAAUUGGUCAAACGCCUACUUUCCAGGUAAAAGGUACGGAGAAAUGUGUUCCAACAUUGCAGAGUCUUUUAAUAGUUGGAUAAAAGACGAGCGUGAGCUACCUAUUUAUCAGCUAGUCGACGGCAUUCGCUUAAAGAUGAUGAAGUUGAAUUCAGAUCGAUGUCAUGAAGCUGAUACAUGGAACACUUACCUGUGCCCAACAAUCGAAAAGAAUGUUGAUACUCUUAUACAAGCGGGAAGGAACUGGGAGGUGUUUCGAUCAAGCACAUAUGUGUUUGAAGUGCGCGAUAUCUAUUCGUUCAUGGUUGACUUGAGCUGCUACACAUGCUCUUGUUAUCAAUGGCAAAUCUUAAGUUUCCCUUGUGCACACGCUUUUGCAGCAAUUUUAAAGAAUGAUGAGAAUCCAUUUGAUUACAUUGAAGACUACUUUUCUGUUUCAGACUACAAGCAAAGUUACAGUCAUCCUAUAGUACCUAUACCAGACAUUGAGCGGGAUGAGGAUUCGGCAACCGAUAAUGCAAUCAGAGCUCCACUAACAAAGACACCGCCCGACAGACCAAAAAGGAAAAGGAUCCUAUCUAACGGUGAGAACCCAAGGUCAAUCAAAUGCAGUAGAUGCAACAAUAGCGGACGCCACAAUAGAAAGACUUGCAAAGCCACAAUUUGA